AUGGCGCCCACUGUCGCCUCCAAUGGGCUCGUCAGCAACCACAUCCUCAACCUAUUCUCCCGCUCUCUCCAGUCCUUCUCCUCUCGAGCGAUCAGCGACGACGACAGCCCACCACCCCUUGCAUCAGUCUUCGCAACUGUCAUAAAAGGCGCCGGUCAUCUCACACGCCGCGCCAUACGAGAAGCACUCGCACCAAGAGAACCCACACCCAACAACUCACCCAUCUUCCUCGACACACCCUCUUCCCUUCACAAACGCCAAGGAGGCGUCGUCCUCGCUAUUCCCACCACCUACGCUGGUCUGAACUCCGGGCCCGCCCCCGGCGCCGUCGUUGGCAUCACACUGGGCUCCAUCGCAGGCUUCAUCGUGAUUCUGUACAUCAUCCUCUCUGCAAUCCGACUGUCCGGAUGGAACCAGCGGGAAGAAGUCGUCGUGGAGGAACACCACCACCGACGCUCACACACUCGCUCACGGAGCCGCUCACGCGCCAUGACUGAAGUGAGCAGUCCACGGCGCGAGCGGGUGGUGCGAGAGCGAGAGGAAAGAGUCGUUGAGGAGCACCAUUUUGAGCCUGAGAGCGUGAUUGUCGACGAGGAGGAAGACGAUAUCGUCGAGGUCAUCGAGGAGCAUUCACCUGAACGCCCGCCGAAACGAGAUCCGCCCAGGCGGAGUGGCUUCAGAACGGUCGAUCCCGCCGAAUUUGCUGGUGGGGACCGUGCGAGGAGGAGUGUGAACAAGCGAUGA